AAACACGCUUUUAAUCUGACCAUUCUAUUUGCCUUUCAUACUUCACCAGAUUGUUCAUCAUGCGGACAGCCCUUGUGAUCACCUUAUGCCUGUUGCCAUGCCUCACCAGCGGGAUGUACAACAGAGGGUCCAGCCUCCUUGGCGGUCGCAGAAGCUCCGGCCUAGGAAGAUCUCGUAUUUUCACCAUUCCUGAUGGCACUCCGGAUUACCGUCAAGUUAUCCAAAGUCCAACUGGAAGACUCUACCAAGUUGAGGAUCAGAGCAGACAUCUGAUUGGGGGAAGAAUUCGAACUGUUGCUCAACUUGAAAAUUUGGAUGUGCCUGACCGACCCGACCCGUACCUGAUUACUGGCGGCGGUUCCUCAUACGUUGGAGGCGGUUCAUUCGGAGGUUUGCAAUCUCUUGCAGCUCUUGGAGGUCUUGGAGGUCUUGGAGGUCGUGGAGGAUCUCUUAACGGUGGCUCCCUGUAUGGCGGCAGAGGAUCCCUCGCCAGUGGUUACGGUCAACAAGCCACUGGUAUCCGUCAACAACCCAGCUUGUUCGGACGAAGGACCCGAUACUGAAACUCCAAAUGAAGAUUGCGAUACGAAGCGCAAAGGCACAGACGAAAACAGCUGUAUGAAAUUACUUGUUUGUAAACUGUUGUUGAUUAAACCUCUAACAGAAUCUCCCCUUCAUGGAAA